AUGAAUGUAACAGAUACAUGAUUGAUUCGAAUUACAAUGGAAAGAUAAAAUUGGAUAAAUAAUAGAUUGUAACUUGUGUAUAUACUUGUAUGACUGUAUUUCCCUGUUGAAGAGUCGUUAAAAAAAGAAAAAACAAAACUUACGGAAGGCUGCACGAAAAGUUGCGCAUAGUGCAAAAACUGAGAGACGCGUGGUGACCAAGGGUGGUGACCCCAUGUCAAUUUCUAAAGAGGAGCCUUAACCAUAAACAUAAUAAAUUCUUUAUUAUGUCUAUGGCCUUAACAGUCUGAUAUAAAGUCAGGCUCGUGACGUAGACAUUGAGGGUUUGGGUAGUUCGAACGAAAAAAUAUUUUUCGGUACGAAUUUUCUCAUUUUAUUAACUGCAAUGUACUUCCUGCUUUCUCUUUUUUUUUUAAGUAUGUACAGUUUGGCUUCUUACAAAACGCUAAAAUGAAUGAAUACUUUAUUAUUAAUAUAUUAUUAAGCUUCACCGCAGUAAAUUUACUCAUCAAAAUCCCUGAUUCAUUGUUUUUAGGAGAGAGAGGUCCAAGAGUAUGUCCAAACUAUUUCAGCAUCUAAGAAUCUUAAAGCUCUUAAGACAAUAAACUUGUUUCAACUUUUUAAAUAUCAAAUAUAAUUUUCAAAUAUAUAAUUCAUAAGUUAAUAUAUAGUCCAAAUAAUUGAUCAGACAGCUGUUUGCAAUGGCCUUAUGGUAAAUUCCGUGUUGUUUUUUCAAUCGAUUUAUCAGGCUGCAGCUAAUGGGGGGAGUAGGUUACUGCUUCUUCCAAAAGAAACAAUUUAUGACGUCAUUUCUGCUAGUUCCCCAAAAUUGUAUUACUUCCUUGAUUUGAAGUUAGUCAUCAUGUAUACAAUUUCCUAUAGUUAAUUCGAAUUUGACUAUAAGACGAAACCAAUGACAUGCUGUCAGCCCAAGCAGCUUUUUCUUUUUCCUGUCGCUUAAAUCAGUGUGUGGAGCACUGCUUUCACACUUGGCUCUCACGCUGUUUGCUUUUGAAGUUAGAGCUUGUUGUAACAUGCUGCUUACAGCAUACAAGGGCAAAGCAGUAAGGGGACCUUCAAAUGAAAGGUGUCCUUUUUGAUGGCCAUGAAAAAUAAUUGGAGAAUGAUUUCAACAGCAUGUUUGGAUGGUUCCGCCAAAAAUGGCUUCAAUCUAAAAGAGAACCUCCAAUACAGAACAGCUCUGCACCAGAUGACCAGGAGUCAUUAGGGACAAUCAAGGACACCUCUCCAUCAUCAUCAUCAUCAUCAUCAUCUCCACUCACCUCCCCAUCUCCCUCUCUUCCUGCUGUCUUCACCUCACCUGUUCGUCGGACUCGGAAAUACGACCUGUGUCUGUGUUAUAGCCAUGCAGACAUUGAAGUAGCCAUGUGCAUGGCAUCAUACCUUGAAGCCCAACCUCGCAGCCUUCGCUGUUUUCUGUGGCAAAGAGAUGACUGUCCCGGAGGUGCCAUCUCCACUGAGUUGUGCCGGGCUGUGCAAAGCAGCCACUGCCAAGCGCUUCUCAUCAGCCCAAACUUCAUCGUGGAUGAAUGGUGCAAGUACUUAAUGUAUCAGGCACUUGCUGAGGGGCCCAUGUCUAACUGCAUCAUUCCCCUCAGGCUCAAUCUUUCUUUCUCUCAGUAUCCUUCAGAGCUGCGCUUCUACUCAUCUAUUGACCUGGCAAGGAACACAGAAAAAGGAUAUGAAUUGGUGUUCAAGACAGUGCUUAAGCACCUGGAUGAUAUGAUCAAAAAAGCUCAGGAAACGCAUGGCAACAUUGACAGUUCUAACAAUAUAUUGAAAGGAGCAAGCUGCUCACAACCAAAAAAUUCAGAACUUUUGGAAUCUGGAUGUUCACCGCAAAGAUUAGCAAGAGGAGAGUAUACACUAGAUGGCACACAAGAGAUACAACACUUUGAAGACUGUUGUAAAUCCCCCUUUGAAAAUGACUAAUUUCAUGACCUCAUGAACUCUCCUUUUAUAGGCCUUUAGCAGAGUGAAGGCAAGUUCAGGCAUGGCACUCGGGCAGCACGCUUCAUUACACUCACCUGUGUUAGCCUGCUUCAAGCUUAUUGUCCCUCAUCCGAUAAUGCUUCACGGAUACUCCUACACUCACUAUCGGUUGUUGUAUUACUGUGCUGCUGCUGCCCUCCACCAUCCCCAUCUCCCCUGUGUUGUCUAUGUGUUGCUAUCCAUCAGGGGGGAUUAUUUCUUUAUUUGCUCCCUGCAUCAUAUUCUAUGUAUGUUACUCACUAAUGCUAGAGGAGUGCUUCCUCUAGAUACAUCCACUCCCCCAAAGUCAAACCUAUUUCCAUGUCUAUGGUGAUAUCAAUAAUCAGAAUCAGAAAUAUAAAUGCUCAAAUCAAAUCAUGUGAGUGUCUUGACUUAACGAUUCAGGAUCAGAAUAAGAAUUCAGUUUAUUCGCCAUGUAUGUUAUACAAACACAUUUACUGUGGCAGGGAGGUGCAAACAUUAAACAUAUACGAAUCUUAAAUUAAGUAAAAGUUCAAAAGUUUAACUAUUCCUAAGAUCUAAACAACAUAUGUUGUAGGCUUUUAAUAGUUCAUAAAUGGGUUCCUCCUGGCAGUGGCUUAUGUAUGUAGAUGUAUUAUGUCUUUGCUUUUGUUAUAUUCAAUCUGAAACCUGAUUUCCCCUUACAUUACAAUGUUAAUUUGUUUAAAGAGUACUGUUAAGUUAUACUUUUGUUGUAGUUAAAUGAAACAGCAUGCUCUGGUUAAUUUAUUAACCAAUGUAUCAAAAAAUGUAUCAAAAUACAACUUUGGCUAUGACUUAUCAAGUCUCUGUCCGAAAUAGUGCCCAUAGGGAUUAUCAGCUUUGCUUUAUUUAUCAUUGCUUUAUCAGAACAAAUAUCGUACACUUGUGUGGGUUUGUUGAAACUCGAACAACUUCCAUUAACUGAUCCAAUACAAUAUUCAGUUUGAAUUUCAUAUUCACAUAAAAACUAUUAAUGUAAAAUUAUGUUUGUGCUAAAAUAGCUCCAUGCAUGCACAUACAGCAGCAAGGGUCAACAACUUAUUCCAGGGUCUGCAAAAGUAGACCUGAUACCAGAAAAUUGCUCUGGGAAAGAGUUGUUGAUGAGAGAGCCUUUUGAUAGUUCAGAGCCAAACCAGACAUGAGCAAAAUUACAAUGUACACGUUCACCUGAUUAGAAAGAGUUAGAAAGAAAGACUUCUUCUGAGAAGAGUUUCUUCCUCAGAAGAAACGUGUUACGGCCACAGCCAUGCCCGGGGAUUCUAGGAUUGUGGUUCCAAUGGAGUUGAAGAACAAUAUGCUGAUGAGAAUGAGACAUAUUGAGCAUGGAGGCAACUGCAGGCGAAGAGCAAACUUUCUGGCCAAGCCUGACCACAGACAGUGACAGUAAUCAGAGCCUGUCCGAAAAAACAGAAACAAACCGAGCAAGGAAUUGAUGUGGGUUGAGGGAGUUGACACAGAACCUCAAGUUGUACCCGGGUUGGUGGAAAAUUGAGUUGAAACUCUGGACUCAUGGACCCUUAUGUAGCACUGAUGACAUGACCCCUCUAUUUAAACCUGGACUGUCAACAGUAACGGAGUUACAGUUUAACAGACAACUCAGAACUAGGUUACCGGUGCUCCAACAAACUGAAAGUGAAGUGUGACACACUCACUCAAAACAUAAAGAAGGGGAAAAGGUGUUCAGUAGAAUUAAUUGUUAAGAAUAAAUGGCUGCCGUAACUGCUAUCCAAAUGCUACUGAGAUUUUUUUCUUACAUAAACUGUAGUAUUGAAACAACUCAUACAAAUAUCAGUGCCAACCGGAACCGGUUCUAAGGGGCGGCUGAGGGGUGCACUGGUUCUUUGUUUCGUUGUAUUUUUUAUUUUGGCUCAGCCAAUCAUAAAAAUGUAUUGUUAAAAAUAAUACUUUUUACUAAUGCUGAUGGGGUUACUUGGGUGGUAUAAAAGUCAAGGACAGCAGUGAGAGAGGUGUGCUGCGAAGUUUACCCCCUACUAAAGUGUGCUAGGACUGGGCUUGGUGCACACCUGCAUGUAAAAGCGCACACACACAAGACAGGAAAACGGGCAUACAUUUAUAGCAUGUAUGCAAAUAUAUGAGGAACAAUUCUAAACUAAGUGUAACUUUAUACAUUUUUGUAAACAUGUGCAACAGUUUCAGUUAUGAAUGUGUUAAAUAACAUACAGAAUGUUCAAAGAACCCACUUGACACUGAUUGUUAUCUGUGUUACACUCAUUCUUUUAACACUUCUAACUUCUAUUUUUCAUUUGUCAAUUAUGUUACUGUAUUUUGUGCUUGCCUGUUUUGUGUCUGGCACUAUGUGUUUUUUGGUAUGCAUCAUUAGACCGCAGCAAAAUUAUAAAACCUACCUUGCAAUAAACCAGUUUCUGUUUCUGAAGUAUUAUGCAUGAGUAGUUAGAGCUAAACAUUUAUUUAUUAUUAUAUGUUGAAUAUAUAUAUAUAUGUUCUACACAUUAAACCAUAAAAGCAUCAAAACAUAAUGCAAAA